UACAGCCAAUGCGACAUCGAUAGACUAACUGGAUCAAGUGAACGCAUGUUUUUAUUUGAAAAACUAGCUGUCAUAAAGCAGAAAUUACUACGAUACCGUAUAGCUCAGCUGAAGUGAUGACCAGGUAGUGAGUUAGUGAUGGAGAACAUUGAGGAGACGCCAUUUCGGAUCACCCAUACCGUCCAAGCUCUGGGCUCCGCACUACGGGGAGAGCCUGAAAAUGUUUCUGAUGCAAAUGGUCUGGGUAGCGGGGACAGAAUCUCGAGUGAGCCGGAGAAGCUUUGGUUCAAAGAAAGCAGCGCUAAGAAUCUCCGAAACAGGGACUUCUUGUCACCCACCACGGUGCUGAAUACGCUUUAUGCAGACGGACAGGUUCCCCCAGCAGUGAUGGUUAGAGUGCAGUCCCUGAGAGGGACAGGGGUUCUCCCUGUGGCUGGGGGGGAACUCAUGGGAGAGGGGCUGAGGGUGCGGGUCGACCGGACUGCUGCGUUUCAGAAGGUCCUGAGUGACGCGUCGGUAUACCUGAAGCCUCCUUGCCAGAGACAGAGGUGUGUGAUGCUCAACUGCCCCGCCCUGCACCCCAAACCAAAUUUACCCUCCCCUGACACCUUCACGCUGGGGCACCUAUGCACUGUGCUGCUGACUGACCACUUAGGGGCGCUACUGAGGAGACGGGGGUUUAUUGUGUCCUGCUGCCCUGUGCUUCCAGAGGAAAGUGACAUCAUUGUCUUCCUCCGAUUGCUUGGCAUCGAUUGGCCCACAGUGCCCAUCAGCUGGACCAAUGACGAGAGGAAGGAGAACAUUUUGGAGGCUUUACAGAAUUCCCCUUACAGAGAAAGAGAGGAGACAGAUGGAGGAAGAAGAGAGAGUGAAGGAAAGAAUAUGGAUGGAGAUAAAGAGGAGAUGCUCAGGGUGAACUUGAAGAGGGUGUUUCAGGAGGAGCAGCUGCCAGGGUAUGACCUCAGCCUGGGCACCUGUACAGUGCAAAGGGACAGUGUGUCUCAUCUGGCCCAACUGGACAGGGCUACUGCAGGCUGCACUGUAUCCACGGCAACCGCAGUACAUGUCACUUCCUGUCAGUAUGAGUUCCGUCAGCAGCAGAUAGCAAUGCUGUGGAGAUCAAGUGGUGCAACAGUGACACAGAGGCAUCUUGUUUGUGGACCAAUGAAGACACCUGGAACUCACCUCAGUGCUGCCCAGUACCUUCAACUGAGAAGAGUGCAGAUGAAGGAGGCCUCAGAGAUUAAGUAUGGAGAACAAGUCGAAGACCAAACUUGGGAUGACAUCAUCAAGGUCAUGACCUCAGCCACAGUGAGGUUUGAGCUGCUCUCAACAGUCCAUACGAGCCCGGUCACUCUGGAUGUGCAGAGGGAAGGCAGCGUGUCCACCAAGGGCCCCAGAGGCGGAGUCUUCGUCAUGUACAACUGUGCUCGGCUGCACACCCUAUUUGACAGCUACGAGCGAGGUGUGGGGAAAGGACUUUACCCUGAAAUCCCAGAGGGCUCCCAGUUGGACUUCUCAGCUCUAAAAGAAGAGGGGGAGUGGCUUCUUCUGUUCGAUUACCUCAUUCCAUUCUCGGAGCUUCUCGACCAAACAGGACAGACGUUGGGGUGUGAUGGAGGGGCCAGAGUCAACCUGAAGACUGAACAGGAGCCGUUGCCUCACCUCUUCAAUCAGAUGUUUUGUCGGCUGCAGUUGUUGAGAGCACUAAGAGAGCUCUACCAUAGCGCACUAGACACUCUUCACCUUCCUCCCAUUCCACAGCUAUAGCCCCAAAUACCCCAACGAAAGCCAGAAUUAUAGCCCCAAGAACUGACCCAAAUUCCCCAACUAUAGCCCCAUGAACUGCCCAAAUAUAAGGCCCAUUAACAGACAAAAAUAUCACUAGCCUAUCCCAUAGAUGAAAUAGACAUAGAAAUGCCACUUUUACUGCCCAAAGGUAAUACUGUAGUUAGCAAUAGGCUUUUAUUUUCUCCAAAUUGAAGAUCUGUUACGCCCCCAUAUACUUACACCCUAUAUUACACCCACUCUAUUUAUUGCUGAUAAAAGAAGGUGUAUAAAUGAUUCACCCUACAGUGAAGUAUUUGUCUCCCCAGUCUUAUCACCAGUAUCUCUGAUGUACCACAGAUACAGCCUCUACCAUAGACACUCACUGCCUUUGAACCAAUGAUCAUCUUCAGUCUUCCCUUAUACAAUACCAUAGAUGAUUUUCCACUAACAAACACUGCCCCAGAGCCAUUGGUAUUUACACAGACUCUGCAUGUACACUGUAAGCACUGCCCCCGCCCUCAUCACUAGAUAUUGCUCCUGGCCAUGAGCCAUUUACGCUCCCCUACCUUCCCCCCUCCUUCUACUUGAACUGACUGUCUCAGUAUGAUGUGUGUGUGUGUGUGUGUAUAUAUAUAUCUCACACACACACAUACAGUGCAUUUUGAAAUUUUUCAGACCCCUUGACUU